AUUAGGAGAAACAAAAUACAGAUAUAAUACAAAAGCAAAUGCCUAAUAUAUGACCGCACAUUAAUUAAUUAUGAAGACCCUCGCAAAUUCUCGCACUUUUACACGCAAAACUGAACCAUAGCCCUUUCCACUGACUGAUGUUCCGCGUAAAAGAGCUGUCAAUGAAAAACUCACUAGCCAAUGAAAUCUCAUCCCAAUUAGCCCGCCCAAACAAGAGAUUUGUGCCAGAAAUGUUAACGAAAAUUCACUGAAACCUUUUGCAGCGCCUUUGUAAAUCCCGAUAUGCAAACGCAAGCAGAGAAUAUCGUUAACAAAGGAUGUUGUUUGUUUGUAGACUGAGUUCAAAUUUUGCCUUUGAUUUUUUUAUUCAUUCUUAUUUUAUAGUUUUAUUCGUUUCUUGAAAAGUUACGUUAAAAAAAAAAAUUAGCACAAAUAUAAUCAAAUUGGUCAAACAAGUAGUGAACAGUUAACAAGCCAUAACUGCUUCAUGAAAGCUGAAUGCAGGCUGUAUUAUGGCUUGAGAAUUCAAGUGCGCAUGCGCAAAUCUCCUCCGAGCAGGUCGCGAACUCUGACCUCCUAUAGCUGCAGUGAGCAGUCAGAUCACGAUUAUUUAUUAAAACAAACUCAUAUCUGGAUAAUUACACACUUUACCGGGUUAGCGUGUGGCUGAUGGGGUGUUGCGACUGAGCCACGGCUUUGACAGAUCAGUAUCAUGGAGGGAGAACGUCCCAGAAUACAGCUGGUGUCUACAGAUGGAGGCCUACAGAUUGUGACCGACCAGCAGUUGGCACAGAAAGUGCAGAUCGUCACGGCGAUUGACCAGGCUGGAACCGGCAAACAACAAUUUAUAUUGGCUAACCUGGAUUAUCCCAACCAGGAGAAACUGUUCAUCAAACAGGAUAACUCACCUGCCAAGGUCAUCUUGACCUCUGCGGACGGGUCAGCUGUCAAUCAACUGCUUUUUGCAUCACCUGAACUGACAGGACAACAGAUCCAGUUUGUGACUGAGGGCUUAGAGCAGGGCACUCCAAAGCUGGCAGUGGAAUAUUGUGUAGUUUGUGGAGACAAAGCCUCGGGUCGUCACUAUGGAGCGGUGAGCUGUGAGGGCUGUAAGGGUUUCUUCAAGCGCAGCAUCAGGAAGAAUCUGGUGUACACGUGUCGCGGGUCUGGAGAAUGUGUCAUCAACAAACACCAUCGCAACCGCUGUCAAUACUGCAGACUGCAGCGCUGCAUGGCUCUCGGCAUGAAGCAAGACUCUGUGCAGUGUGAGAGGAAGCCAGUGGAAGUGUUGAGGGAGAAGCCAGCCAACUGCGCACCCUCUAUCGAGAAGAUUUACAUCCGUAAAAACCUCUGCAGCCCUCUCACAGCCAUGCCAACGUUUGUUAGUGAUAAAGAGACCACCAGAUCCAACAGUUUACUGGACUCCAACAUGCUCUUGAACAAUUCACAACAGCACAACACAAUUUUAAUUCCUCCUUCACCAGAUCAGAAAUCAAGACUCAUCAGACCAGGCAACAUUUUUCCAGUCUUCAACUGUCCAAUGAUGAAUGAUUCCAAUCAGGGAGAUCUGGGCACUCUGGCAAACGUGGUCUCGUCUCUAGGACACAUCAACAAGAGCCGUGAGAUGAUGGACAGCAGUACAGACCUAUCGGAGAUAGAGACCAUGAGUAACGAUGACAGUGGUAUGACAGAUUCACAGCGGGAUGAGCAGAAUGAAGUCACACGGGCCUUUGGCACACUCACAAAGGUGCUCCAGCCAGAGGAGGGUUGUGGGGAAGAGAUGGCAGAGGGCGAUGUUGCUGUAAGGGUUGAUGAACACAGCGCCGCCCUGCUGGAACUAGAAGGCCCCCUGCUCUCUGACAUGCAUGUCCCUUUUAAGUUGAUGAUGCCGUUGCCUAUGCCAGACUUCCUGAAUCUGAACUACAUCUGUGAAUCAGCAUCUCGUCUGCUGUUCCUCUCCAUGCACUGGGCACGCUCCAUCCCCGCUUUCCAGGCCCUCGGCUCAGAGAACAGCAUCACGCUGAUGAAGGCCUGCUGGAAUGAGCUGUUUGCUUUGGGUCUGGCUCAGUGUUCGCACAUUAUGAAUGUAGAGACGAUCCUCACAGCCAUAAUAAACCAUUUACAGACCAGCCUGGAGGAAGAAAAACUGUCUCCAGAGCGGGUGAAGCAGGUGAUGGAGCACAUCUGGCGUAUGCAGGAGUUUUGUAACAGUAUGAGCCGCAUGAGUCCUGACGCUUAUGAGUACGCUUACCUCAAAGCUGUGGUUCUCUUCAGCCCAGAUCACUCUGGAGUGGACAGCACCCUUCAUAUAGAGCAUUUUCAGGAGAAAGCUCACAUGGAACUUCAGGACUACGUAAGCAAAGUUUAUCCAGAGGACACGUAUCGUUUGUCAAAGCUGUUAGUUCGUCUACCUGCCCUGCGGCUCAUGAGCGCGGCACUAACCGAAGAGCUCUUUUUCGCCGGCCUCAUUGGGAAUGUCCAGAUCGACAGCAUCAUUCCCUACAUCCUCAAAAUGGAGUCCACCGACUACAACAGCCAACCAAUCAGCACCACAGAGUGACUGAAGCUAUGCCCACAGCCUCACCAGUCAGCAUCCUUAUAUCAUUGCCUCAGAAAUGGGACCAUUAUGUCCCUUUACUCAGAACCCUUUGGGCGCAAAAAAAGUAAAAAGAAAAACGUCUGUAUGAUAUAAUCAUAUGAACCAUUUUGAAUGAAGACAGUUUUGUUAUGACUUUGCAUUUUCAUUUGGUCAGUGUGUGGAUUGUGUCUGUGGGUUUACGUAUUAUGGAUAAAGUGGAAAUCCAAUUGCGGUUAGAUGGUUUUGUCUUUUAUUGUAUUGGUGUUCUUAUGCUUAGAAAAGUGUUUACAAAGACACAUGAAAAAACUUCUUCCUUAGAACCCCCCUCCAAAAGCACUGACUUUCUCUGUAUGCACUGUAUAUGAAUUGUGUAAAUAGGAAUAAUAAAUGUCAAAUCGGGAAAAUGUCAUUUGGUAUUUGUUUGCAUGGAGUCGGAUGCAUUUUUAUGAUCGAAUAAAGUGUGAAAAACAGGGUUCUUACAGUCACGGACAAUCUAAAUUAAU